AUGAGAGGUACGCCCUUGGUCCAAUACCACUCAAAAGCAGUAGCUGUGGGCUUCCGAGAGCCCCAGCACAAAAACCUCUCCCUUUUCAUGCACCAUUGCAGGGUGGGCGCCAUGGGAGAUCAUAGACAAUCCCACCUCAAUGGAGCCUAUUACGUCCCUUCAGCUCCGCCACUGCCCAAGACGAACCACCACCAUGGCAGUAGAGGCUGCAACCCCUUCAGCUGCUGCUGCGGAUUCAUUUUCAACUGUUUGUGCACCUGCGUCUGCCAAAUAAUCUUCACCAUUUUGUUCAUCUUGGGCCUCAUUAUCUUCAUCUGCUGGCUGAUUUUCCGCCCCAGUGCCGUCAAAUUCUACGCCACUAACGCCUCCCUCACUGAAUUUACUCUCGAUAACAACACCCUGCACUACAAUUUGGCGCUCAGUUUGACAAUCCAAAACCCUAACAAGCACGUUAGCAUUUAUUAUGAUCGAAUAGAAGCUAGGGCUUUCUAUGAAGGAGAAAGAUUUGCAAGCACUGAAUUGACUCCAUUUUAUCAGGGUCAUAAGAGUACUGAUUCUUUGACUGCUGAAUUCAAAGGACAGAAUCUGCUUUUACUCGGAAACGAAGAGAUUUCGAACUAUAACAGAGACAAGAAUUCUGGGAUUUAUGAAAUUGAAGUGAAGCUUUAUCUGCAGAUUAGGCUGAAAUUUGAAUUUGUGAAAUCAAAACAAAUGAAACCCGAGAUUGAGUGUGACUUGGAGAUUCCUUUGAAUGAUGGCACAUCAUCUGGAAAUUAUGAAUCAAAGACGUGCGAAUAUGAUUGGUGA